UCGCUCUAAUUUUCUAGCCUGAAGGGUUUUUGCUCUCUCUCUCUCAAUCAUACCGAUCUUGACACCAUACCUUGCGAGAUUUUUGGUAAUCUUUUUCUGUUUGUUUCCUUUCUUUCUUGAAACUGGGUCCUUAAAGUUGUCUAGAUUUUGCUGUUGUAAUCGUCAGAUUUUGAUUUCAUAUUAUGGUUUCUUCCACCUCAAGAUUUGGACAUGUUGUCUUUUUCUCUGUCUAAAUCUUUGUAUCUGGCUUCUUUAACUUCUUCUGAAACUCUUUCCUUUAUAACAAGACUAGCCGAAGAAGAACAAUGCAUAUAGUGGUGCGGUAUUAUUAGUACUAGCAGCUGCAGCAAAAUCAAGAUUUAUUGUGUGGCUGUCUAAAUCUUGCAUGUUGAUGAAAAGAAAGUUCCAAGAAGAGGAACAAUGGUAUAUAUACUGACACUAGCAUGGAAAGUGAGGGUGAUGUCUUCUUCUUUCUUUUUUUUAUUAGGGUUUCCUUUGAAUUCUUGAAAACUUUCUUUUAUGGAAGAUAAUUAUAACAAUGGCUCAAGAAGAACAAACCAAGAAAUGUAACACUAGUAGUAAUGGUAAUGGUGAUGGUGGUAUUAGAAGUGGCCACAUUAGUAGAUCUUCUAGGAAGCACAAGCAAAAGAAAGUGCCACAAAGAGGGCUUGGUGUUGCCCAACUAGAGAAGAUAAGACUUGAAGAGCAACAGAAGAACGAUGUCUCUGUAAAUCUGCCUUCUCCAGCUCCUAUAUCACAAAUUAAGCCUUCCAAUCUCUCUAUGCCAGUUCCAAAUUCUUAUGAAUCUCGUUCUACUUCAAUCCCAUAUCUUCCUGAUCUCUCAUCUCCAAAUUCAAUGUUUAGGCCCCAGAAUAUAGAACUAAUCAACUCAAACAGUACUAUUCCACCGGCAAAUUCGGUGGGGUGGCAAUCAGCUGCUGUUCAAGGGCAAAAAAAUAUGCCUAAGAUGUGGAAUUCUAGUUAUUACAAUCUUGAAAAGGAAAAUUGUGGGGUUGAUCCUGCGCUUGCUUUUCGGCCUAAUUUGAAUUUACCUUAUGAAUCCAACCCCAUUUGGCCUCUUCCUAGUUUGAUGCAAAGAGCACAGCAACAUCGACAACAUUCUUCUUCUUCUUCAUGCUCAAUGGUAAAUGCCUCGUCAGGAAGUUCAUCAUCAUCCUUGCAAAAUCCUCAGAUGGAGCCCCCUUCAAACCAAAGUUAUUAUGACAACUACAUACCUGUUUGGAUAGAGGAAGAGAAGAUGGUUGGCAAGAAGAGACCGCAUCCCUUUUCGCUAGGCUAUCCACCAGGUUCUUCUUUCCACUGCUACAAGUGUCCCACAAAUACCUCAUUUGGCAAUGGAGGCUUGUAUAAUUUCAGUUUCAGCAGCCGAAAUUGCAGAGAAGACUCCUCGUGCUCUACUUGUAUCUUGGAGCCCACUUCAAAGAAAAUCAUCAAAGAAAAUGGGGCAUGCAAUGUAGAUUUCAUUGCUCCAGCCCCUCCUCCUGCUACAACUUUGACAUCUAUAGACUUCAAGCUCAAGCCUUCAGCUUAUCUGGACUUCCAUAACUUUGAAUCGUUUGAUUUCGAUUCACUGCCGUAUCAAGGUAACGUGGAAGAUCAAAUUCUCCAGCAGCCAGGGGCAAUUGUACCAAAUCAACAGCAGACCUACUAUUGCUUCCUGCCCCCAGCAAUAAUGCAAAUUGGCCAUCCAACGAAGUCUAGUAAUGGUUACACUGGUGAUGAAGUAGGAGAAAAUAUUGAUUUGAAUUUGAAGUUAUGAACACCUAUAUAAAGUAGCCUGCUUUUUCUUCGUUUAUUUCUCUCUUUUGCUCACCUCAUGUGCUAUCUGAGGAAGGCCAGCUGUUCCUCUCCAUGAGACUAUAUGUAGUCGGCAGUCCUUGACUCCCUUUUCCCAUUAAUAACUUUUGAAGAA